AUCAACUUUGACAUUUCGGGUCACUGGAGGUCAUCUAAGAAAGCGGCAACACGUUGUCAUCAUCAGCUGUCCUGUCCUGGAUGGGAAUGUGCGGAGUGCUUGAUCAUGAGAUAGUUUGUUCCUAUUAGGAGACGAGAAGUGCAGAACUUGUUUCUAAGCUAUGGAGGACUUGAGGAAGAGGCUGGACUUUGCUAAUCCAUCCAUCCAGAACCAGGCGGUUGCCAGGUUGUUCCAGCAGGUGGUUACAAAGGCGGGGAAAACUGAGAUCACUGCAGGCACACCAAAGAUUGCAGAACUGUCCCUGCUAUGGGAUAAGAGUACUGAUGCUGACCCUAUAGUCAACUCUGCCUGCUGCGAGGCUCUGGUAACACUGGUGUACCAGAAACAUGCAGACUGGGAAUAUGUCGUCAAUGGGGUAUUGAAUAUUGUACCCUCCGGAAGGAAUCUAACAGCUGUCCUGAAAGCUGUGUCAGAUUUGCUGGUACUCCAGGUGCUUAGCUGUCUGCAGAAGGAGCGAACCUACUGUUGUCCAUUUCAGAUGAGGACCCCUCCCCACCCAUUUAUCACCAUUGUUGUGAACCGUGCAGACAGCUGGCCACUGUUGUUGGAGCAGGUCUCCUAUCUGUUCAACAUGGUGGAUCACAGGAUCCAAGCUCAUGUACUGGCAAUGUUGGAGCCCUUCCUGAAGUAUGUGUUCCUGGAGCCCUCCCACUCAGUACAGUACAGUCAGCUGAGAUUGGGUCUGUGGAGAAGACUGCUACAGAUAUCCAAUAGUACAGAGGCGUCACAGGCACAGGACAUUGUUAGCUUUUUGGUUGGACUCUUACCUUCAAUUCAGCUUGAGCCCAGUUCAACGCUUCAGGAGGGUUUACUGCAGGUGGAGGACCUGGUCAUCCAUCUACUGAGACACAAAGGAGAGUUUGUGCAGGAGAAGACAACAGUUGCCUGUCACCUCCUAGUCCUGACACAUGCUCUACUGGCACAGGGCAGUGAUAUUACCUCUAUCUUGGACACUGUUCUCAAGGUUGCAGAUGAUGAACCUGAGGUGCUACCAGGUGAUGUUUCCUUCGUCAUUCUCAGCUGUCUUCUAUUAAAGGCACCAGCAAGACAUGUAAAGACUCUGCUUAAAAUAGCCAUGAGAGUCACCAACCCUGACACAACUGAUGCAGCGAUAGUCCGAGUUCUUCUCUUCCCACUGCUACAGUGUGUUGCUGGGACAAUAGGAUCAUCAGUAGGGACAAAGGGAACUGGAGAGGUGCUGACUUUAGCAAGAGACCUCUUCAGUUGUGUUGAGGAAAUCAUCAGGAGAGGGACUGUGGCAUCAUCAGCACAGGAUGAAUAUCACAAGGUUGUCGAUCCCUGGUUCAAUCUGAUGUCAUCUACUUCCCUAUUGGUCAUACACCUCCAAAGAGAACCUAAAGCUGCUUGUAAUUGGCUAAAGGCUGUCCAAUCUGGAGUGAACGCAUGCAGAACAGUUCCAGACCAUGUUCUGUUGGUUGUGUCAUCUCUAGUGCUCAGUCCCCACACAGAUGUGCUCUAUCCAGCCUUGAAGGUGCUCACAGCACUAGCACAGGCUGACGUAACCAAGGCUCCCUAUAUGCUAUCACUGUUGCUGUACAGACUAGGGAAAGCAACAGAUCCUGAACUACACAUGAAACUGCUAUAUACUGCACCCAGACUGGCCACACACAAGGUGUGCAUUCCUCCAAUACUGAAGACUCUCCAGGUGCUUGGUGCCCAUCCCCACCUCAGGGCUGUGUCCUUAAGACUUCUUACGUCACUCUGGGAACAACAGGAUCGCAGUUUUCCUCAUCUGCAGAAGUUGCUGCUGUCUGAACUGCCUGCCAAUCAACCACCUGCUCAGAUCCUGGAGAUGAACAUGGCCAAGGCAGCUUCUGUCAGGGACAUGUGUAAACUAAGGGCACACCAACAUGGUGCCGACCUGUUGCCUGUCCUGUCUCAGAUCCUGAAUGACUGUACCUCGGAGCUGGAGGCUGUCCCGGCCAGCCUGGCUCUGCAGGGGCUCACAGCCCUGUGUCAGGCCGAGGUGGUGGACGUAAGGACAGCCUGGUCAGUCCUGGCCUCCAAACUAGAGGCAGACCAGAGACCCCUGGUGCUAAGUCAUGUCUGUGAGCUGUUUUCCCUUGUACCAGCUCUUGCUGUCAACACACCAGAGUAUGAGAAAUUUCAGGAACAAGUGACUUUUCUCCUAUGGCAGCUGAUCAAAAGCAAGAGCCCCGUGGUGGCUGGAGCUGCCUUUGCUGCCUUGUCACAGUACAAUCCAGAGUGCUUCAAAGUGGCACAUCUUCCUGAACCAGUGCGUCCUGAGGAGAAAACUCAGGAGAAAGGAGAUGGGGAGGAGGAGGAACAGGAGGAGGAGGAGGAGGAGACGACAAUCCCAGGAUCAUCUUACACUAAACUCAUGAUCAUGGUGGACAGCAUCAAAGUCUUGGAAAAUUUCGAAAAAUUCCUGAGUUCCUUGGUCCAACAUGAAAUGUCCAACAUGCCUAGAGGGGUCUACCACUCUGCAGGGAAGGGGCAGGCAGGCAGAGGUGCCCAGAACCGGGCAGUGGCAGGUAUCCCAGCAUUCAUGCUGAGGCAGUAUGAGAGGAACAAGCAGCCUGGAAUGCAGCAGGGGCUGGCAGCUGGACUGCUGUGUUGCUAUGACUACCCUGUGCAGGUGGACGGGAGUGGUGCUCCUGUCAGGAGACAUGUGGUGACCAGGGGCAAAAUGUAUCAGAAGAUGUUCCAGACACUUCUCAAUGAGGUCCCCUUCCAGCACUCAGAGUGGUCUCGUCUGCUGCCCCUCCCCCAGGCAUGGGCUGCUUUCAUGGACAGAGUCUACCAUGCAGUUCUAGAGGGUCGAAGGGCGGAGCUGGAGAUGCAGCAGAAACACCAGACUGACACAGAGGAGGAGGUCAAGUACAAACAGGAUGUUGCCUGGCUGUGGGUGAGGGACAAACUUGUUGACAUCAUAAAGACAGCUUCAGUAGGAAACCCUACAGCUCAAGCCAACUCAGUGCUAGCAGUGACAGGUCUGGCCAGCACCGUGAUGAGGUACAUGGCCAGCCUGGGUGCAGAGGCAACCCGGAUCCAACAGGAGGCAUCAGAGCACAACAGCUGCUCCCAUUGGCUGGGCAUGCUCACUGAUCUUCUGAUGUGUGUGGCUGAUUCAAAAUACAAGCCGAAGGGAAGAACCCUGGGCCUGUUCCAGCAGAAGUCGCGGGGUGGAGCUCCAUCAUGUAGCAUGUUAGCUCGCGCCUGCAGCAGCCUGGCCUUCGCUCAGCUCAUCCCCGUUCUUGUCACCAACAACGUGGAGCGUAUCCGUCACAUGAUCCACAUCCUGGUCUCCGGGUUACCUGGUCAACCACAAGCUGAUGAAUCCUCAGCUGUGGUGUUCUGCCACGGGGUGGGGCUGGGGAUGGUGCUGGCCAGGCUGUAUGAGGAACACUUCAGUGAUGUCACUGGUAGGGAGGGAGCCCUGCUGCUCAUGAAGACACUGGACCAGCUGGAGAAUGUGUGCUUCAACACAGACCUGGAGAACAGCUCUGGCUGUGUGUUAGGUUUGGGGAUUGUUCUGUCUGCCCUGUCUGGACAGAGUGCCACAGAGAGCAGAGUUCACACCACAGCUACCAUAGAGAAGAUGUGUUCACUGUUGGAUACUGUUGAGAACCGAGACUUGAAGGAGGUCCUUCCUGUGGCCGUGUCACUGUCUGCUGUGUCAGCAUUCAGCUCCAAUGUGCUGUCAGCAGAGGAGGCUGACUCUCUCAAGACAAAGCUGGUCACUAUGUACAAGGCACAGCCACAGUCCAGCCCCGUUGCCCAGGCCCUGGGUAUGUUGUGCCAUGGCCUGUCUAGUUCUGGUCAUGUACAGGCCACUGAUCUGUCCAACCAGCUACAUGGCACUUGGACUGGCAUCCUCAGGGCAAAGAGUUCCCCGACACUGCUGCAGUUAGCCUCCCUGACAGGACUGGUGUCGCUCACUGGAACAGAAGCAGCUCUCAUUCAGAUGACAGAGGAAGUGGUAGAAUCCUCAGAAGUCCAGCUGCAGCUGAACGACACAGUGAAGCUGUUAAACCAGCUGGUCCAACACUGCCCUAACGUGGGUGUACAGAGCAACACUGCCUGGAUGUUAGGGUACCUGUACAUGGCAGCUACCUCCAUGGCACACAGCAGGUCAAGUGUCCCAUCCAACUAUGGCUACCUACCGGAGACCAGUGUCCUGAGGCCUACAGUUGACUUUAUUAUUGAAGCUGGAAGACGAGGCCCAGAAGCUAUCCCCCCUCCUUAUGUGCAGACAUCCCUAGAGGCCCUGUUGUCAGCUGCCAGUGCAACCUUCCCACCAGUCAAUUGGGCAGCUAUCCUGGCACCCCUCAUGAGGCUGUCAUUUGGGACAGACAUCCAGAUAUUGUGCCUGAGGCUUGUAGUGUCCCAGGCUUCAGCUUCACCCAGUGCAGCACUGCUUCUGGCCUCGUGGGUCUCACAACCUUUGUUUGGUAGCCUGGAGGUGAAAUGCCAGUCAACUCUCUACUCUUCACUCCCUGUCAUCAUGAAAAGCCUAACUGCUGCCAAAUUCAAGACAUUCUUGGAAGACUGUGCCUUACAGUCAUUUGUAGUGGAGGAACCAGACCCAAUCCUGUGCCAGUCAGUGACCAAUGGCCUUCUGGCUGCAUUAAAAGUGCCAGACCCACCACAAAUGGCAACCCAGCUCCUGUACCACACAGUGGAGAAGGUGUGUAGAGAGGUAGAUUUCAGUAGCAGGACACAUGAGGUGCUGCCCACCAUUAGCAAGUGCCUUGCUGAACUCCCAGAGGAUCUGGCUGACAAGAUCACAAAAGCACAUGGUCAGGCUGAUCUCCUAAAGUCUUGCUACCUGCGAGGUCACUUGGUGUCUCAUGGCCAUGUGCCUAUGACAUGGUACAAUGCCUGUAUUAAUGGGACAGUAGAGGCCAUAGAGCAGAUAGAGGGUGAUGAGGUCAUACAACAUCUCACCAAAAGCCUUUAUCAGUGUACUCAGUCUAAAAGUCAACAUACAGGUGAUGCAGCCAGGAUCCAAUGGUUGCUGGAAGUUAUGGGACAGUGCAGAAACAUUGCCUAUGGGAAGAUUCCACUCUCACAGGCUCAGUCAACAGGGAGUACAAAAAACAAGGUGACAGAAUUCCUGAUUGCUGUUUUCUGUGCUGCUGUGGCAUGUUGGAGCAGUGUAAGCCUGCCUGUACUUUGGGGCAUCACUGGUACCGGCUGUCAGACAGUUACUCAGUCUGUGGACACUGCAGAAGCAUCCUCAGAAAGCAGAAUGCUGGAGACAGUACCACUCCUGCCUUAUGCCAUUCUUCAGUUGGCAUCAUCAGAACCUUGGACCCAGGUUGGGGAUAAGCUUAUUGAUUGGCUGAUGGAGAUGUAUCAGGCUCCUGUGGACCUUCCUGACAAGUGCAAGACAGCACUGAUGGGGUCUGUGCUAGCCUUACGACAUACCACAGCGUUCAAGAAGCCUUCAGUCUGGACAAGAGCAUACCAGAUGUUGUCCACAGUCAAGUUAUGAUCUUCUGACAUGAAAAUGACAUCUAUGUAUAAAUGUACACACAAAAAGUAUAAACCAUAGAAUCAGGGUUUGAAAACUGGUGUAACCUAAUCAUGUCAAAGGUACAAAAAUUCUACAUGUAGAAUAUGUGACUGUCUCCUACCAGUCCUGUAACAAGACCAUGUGUCAAUUAAAUCUUUCCCUGCUUAAGUUACCACAUAUUAAUUAUGUUAAUUCAUCAUUCUGAAAAAAAACUUAAGGCUUUUGUGGAUUUUAAUUAAACACAGUGACAACAUUGA